AUGUGUGUCUGUCUCUCCUCAUGUUCAUCGAUCGGUUGUCUGUCUGCCUGUUGCCAAAAAUCAGCCGGUUCAGGCAUCCUAACGGACGCAGGUGUGCCCGGACUGAUGGGACCGGGCGGCAUGGUUCCCGGUCUUCUGCUUCGUGGCGGCAGCAGUAUCAGCCUGGCAACUGGACAACCUGGACAAAUGGCCUACUGGACGCCGGCCGGUUGGCAAACAGUGGCUUCCGGAGCCGGGUUGAUGGCAACCGGUAUCAGUAGCUACAGCCUUUUGGGCGUUAGUGGAGCAGGUGGAGCCGGCAACCUCCGCUGCGGUCGCUCCGUGUCUCCAGACGCCACCGUCCGAAAGGUCAGUCGAUAUUGUAGAAACGGAUCGCAUGUAUCAUCAGUUUGCCGCUUCUUCCUCGUAUCAUACAUGUGUGUGUGUGUGUGUGUGUGUGUGUGUGUGUGUGUGUGUGUGUCAGCGACGUCAAACCGAAUGGUGUGUGUGUGUGUGAGAGAGUGA